UCCAUCUCUCUCUUCUUUCUCUCUCUACAGGCAGACUAUGGCCCAUCUCUCUCACCCCCUCUCUGUAUCUCACUCUCACUGCAGUAAUAUUCAUCUGUCUGUCUCUCAAGUAAAACCCAUCUCUCUGUUUCUCUCUCUAACACAAUCUCAUGCGCCGCUUGCCAAGUUGGUGUGGAUUGGUACAACUCAUUCAAUGUUACAUGUUAUUCUCAACCAUUCUCAGUUCCUUUCCUUUCUCUCUCUACAGGCAGACUAUGGCCCAUCUCUCUCACCACCUCUCUGUAACUCACUCUCACUGCAGUAAUAUUCAUCUGUCUGUCUCUCAAGUAAAACCCAUCUCUCUGUUUCUCUCUCUAACACAAUCUCAUGCGCCGCUGGCCAAGUUGGUGUGGAUUGGUACAACUCAUUCAAUGUUACAUGUUAUUCUCAACCAUUCUCAGUUCCUUUCCUUUCGAUUUCCUACUCAAACGGUUGGACUUUUUCACAUGAUAUCUCAUUUUCUUUUUAUUUGGUCUCAUUUAUUCCUAUGUUUUCAUGGGUUGUGCAGCUUUUACUUUUCCUGUUGAGAAAAUCUUAGCUAAAAGUGCCCAUUUUUAGCUUUUCUGUUGCCAUUAUUUACUUCAUAGUUUAAAUUGCUGCAAGAAGGAACCAUGAUAAUUUAUUCAUUUUUUUUAACUGGCAGGAAAAGAUUAAUAUCUCUUUUGGUUUUUCAUAAUCUUUAUCUGUGAUUUAUUUUUAUGCCUUUGUAGAGAUAAUGGGUUUCUUCUUCUCUUGUGUAGUGAUUAUAAAUAGCUCAAGGGGGUUCCCUCUCUCUCAUAUUUUUCUCUGCCAGAGUUAUUUUUCUUGUAUUCAGAUUAUCUAGUUCAAGAGGGCUCAUAUUCUCUCCUUCUCUCUCUCUUGAUUUUAGCUGGUAUUGAAUAGUUCAAAACUGGGUUGUUUCCUUCCUCUUUCCUAAUGGGUUCUCUCUCUGGUUUUUUUUACGAAUUGGGGUUCAUGGGGGCUCUCCUUGUACAUGGGAUUUGCUAUGCAGACACUGUGCCUGGUUCCUUUGUCUUUGGGGAUUCUUUGGUUGAUGCAGGAAACAACAAUUACAUUGUUUCUCUCUCUAAGGCCAAUUACCUUCCGAAUGGCAUCGAUUUUGCUCCUUUGCGGCAGCCUACGGGUCGAUUUACAAAUGGAAGAACAAUUCCUGAUAUCUUAGGCCAACAGUUGGGAUUGACUUCAUUUGCUCCCCCUUACUUGGCUCCAACGACUAAGGGGCUUGCGACCCUUCAAGGGGUUAAUUAUGCAUCAGGGGCAGGGGGAAUUCUUAACAGCACUGGACAACUCUUUGGUGGCCGGAUCAACUUAGAUGCACAGAUUGAUAACUAUGCAAACACAAGGCAGGACACCAUUUCAAUCCUUGGAAAAGCAGCUGCCUCAAAGCUUUUUCAGAGGGGUCUCUUCUCUAUGACAAUGGGAUCAAAUGACUUUAUCAACAACUAUCUCGCUCCUGUUGUUUCUGAAGCAGAGUGUAAAGUGUCCCCUGAUGCUUUUGUGGAGGACAUGAUCUCCAAGUACAGGCUUCAAUUGACAAGGCUGUAUAACUUGGAUGCGAGAAAGAUCGUGGUAGUGAAUGUUGGACCGAUAGGAUGCAUUCCUUAUCAAAGGGACAUCAAUCCAACGGCUGGGAAUGAUUGUGUUGCAUUUCCAAACCAAUUAGCCAUGGCCUUCAAUGGGCGCCUAAGAGGUCUCCUCUCAGAGCUGUCUUCGAAUCUCAAAGGCUCCAAAUUUGUCUAUGCAGAUGUCUAUAGCAUUGUCUCUGAUAUCAUAGAAAACUACACAAAUUAUGGUGGGUACUCUUAAAUUUUGAUCUUUUUAUUUUUUUCUUUUUGGCAGUUGGUUAUUUGGAUUUCAAGCCCUGGUAUUUAGAGUUUCCAAGCAAAAGGAUAGGUGAAAAUGAAAGAAGAUUUUGAGCCUCCAAUGUUGAGUUUAUUAGAAACUGAAUUUGUCCCCUGCAUCAUUAUCAUCAUCAUCAUCAGGACCUUCACUUUUUGGGGAUCACUUGCAUUGUAAUUAUUUCAUGUAGUCUGCAAUUUGUAUUUCAAAACUAAGAAAGAAAGCUGAAAAUUUCAGGGCUUUAUAUUUGUAAUUUGCUUUU